ACUGGCCCAACGCUCCAACCACUAGGCUACCUUCCACCCGAAAUAAGAAUACGUGGUACGGCUUUAUUGUGUCUCUCUCGGGGUAAAUUAGUGUGGACUGUGGGAGAUUGAUUAAAAUGGAGAGUCUUGGAUCAGUGGGAUCCAUUAACUUGAUUAAUUAAUACCUGCCGUUGAACAAGAUUAUCCCUGUUUAACUAACUCCUAGUCUGCAGCAGACAAGUGGCUCGACUCCAAUCUUUCCCUACAUGAUAACCCCUCCCGCUAUCUCUCUGACAUGGCGGGCAAAGCUUUAUUCUAGCCGUAUUUCUGUCCAAGCUGCGUGCGGGGAGAUGGCGCGCUGGGGCGCAGAUUGGUGUAGGCCUGCUUGGAUGCGUGUUCGUUGUUGAAAGUGACAAAGGUGUGUCUCUUUUGGAGCUGCCAGAGAGGGGAGGCCAUUUUGUACAGCGAGGCAGGCAGGCAGGCAGGCGUCUGUACAUGUCUGUAUGUCUGUGCUCGCGUCAGGAACAGGAAGCGUGCCAUUGUGCGUAUGAGAGAGAACAUUUUCUGUGUUGUGGGGGCGAGGGUUAUACCAGAGGCGCUAGUAACAACACCCAAACCUAUUUCUUCACUUUGCCGAGCGUUCACUGUCCUUUCUACACUGUUUCCUCUGUGCAAUGGAUGGCAGGGAUCUGAGAAGCCUCUUUCUUCUGCUGUCCUCUACGGCCAUACUACCAUGAGCACUUCUACUCCAUCCACAGCUAAUGGCAACGAUAGCAGACAGUUUAAAGGAGAUCGUUCUCCCUGUGGUCCUUCCCGAGUGCUCCACGUCCGCAAGGUUCCCAUCGAGGUGUCCGAGGCUGAGCUCAUCUCUCUAGGAGUCCCCUUCGGUAGAGUCACCAACCUGUUGAUGCUGAAAGGGAAAAACCAGGCUUUUAUAGAAAUGGCUUCAGAGGAGGCAGCGAUCACCAUGGUGAACUACUACACCACAGCAACACCUCACGUACGCAACCAGCCAGUCUACAUCCAGUACUCCAACCACCGCGAGCUCAAGACAGACAACCUGCCCAAUCAGGGGAGAGUUCAGGCAGCAUUGCAGGCAGUCAAUGCAGUGGCGUUGGGUGGUUCAGCAUCUGGCGGUGACGGAACCCUGAUGCCAGGACAGAGCCCCGUGCUGCGCAUCAUCGUAGAAAACCUCUUCUACCCUGUAUCUCUGGAGGUGCUACACCAGAUCUUCUCUAAGUUCGGGACGGUCCUGAAGAUCAUCACUUUCACCAAGAACAACCAGUUCCAGGCCCUGCUACAAUAUGCUGACCCGAUGAAUGCCCACCACGCCAAAGUGACUUUAGAUGGCCAGAACAUCUAUAACGCGUGCUGCACUCUGCGUGUGGAGUUCUCCAAGCUGACCAGUCUGAAUGUGAAAUACAACAAUGACAAAAGCCGAGAUUUCACCCGCCUGGAUCUUCCCUCUGGAGAUGGACAACCUACCAUGGACCCUGCCUUGACUGCCGCCUUCGGUGCUCCGGGUAUCAUCUCUUCGCCUUACGCUGGGGCAGCAGGUUUUGGCCCCGCUAUUGGGUUCCCCCAAGCAGUAGGCCCGCCCUUUGACCUGCUAUCGUGCGUGCCCCCAGGUCUGUCCAUGCACACGAUGACCGGCGCUCUGGGACCCCUCGCCAUGCCCGGCUCACGGAUGACCCUACACGGCAUGGCCCCGAUCGCUGUUCACGCCGUUCUCCUUGUCUCCAACCUCAACCCUGAUAGCAUAUCACCACAUGGACUGUUCAUCCUAUUUGGGGUGUAUGGUGAUGUGCAUCGGGUCAAAAUUCUGUUCAACAAGAAAGAGAAUGCCUUAAUCCAGAUGGCCGAUGCUACUCAGGCACAGCUUGCAAUGUCCCACCUGAACGGCCAGCGGCUGCACGGCAAGGUGAUCAGAGUGACCGUCUCUAAACACCAGACGGUCCAGCUGCCCAGGGAGGGACAGGAAGACCAGGGCCUCACUAAAGACUUCAGCGGCUCCCCGCUACACCGCUUCAAGAAGCCUGGAUCCAAGAACUUUCAGAACAUCUUCCCUCCCUCUGCCACCCUCCAUCUAUCCAACAUCCCUCCAUCUAUAACAGAUGACAUCCUGAAGGAGCUGUUUGCUGGGACUGGAUACACAGUCAAGGCCUUCAAGUUCUUCCAGAAGGACCGUAAGAUGGCUCUGAUCCAGUUGGGUUCAGUGGAGGAGGCCAUCCAGGCCCUGAUCGACCUCCACAACCACGACCUGGGAGAGAACCAUCACCUCCGCGUGUCCUUCUCCAAGAGCACCAUCUGACCCGCCUCACCCAGCUCCCCCACCCGCAGGGUCUCGCUCCUGGGCUGGGCUAACCCCAUGCCUCCCCCCCAACCCCACCCCCAGGGCCUCGCUCCUGGGCUGGGAUAACCCCAUCCCCCCCCCCCCCACCCCCCCCCCCCCACCCCUAGCCCCUGUUGGGAGUGACGGACAGAAACACCCACUUUUACUUAAAACAAACAACAGACAAUGAACUAGUUUAGAUGAUAUUGUUGUGUAAUAGACUACUGUAACACAAGGCCUUCAGACAGAGACUGAUAUAGAGACAGAGCUGAAGUAGGCUGGAAGGAGAGCUGGUUGAUUGAUUCAGGGCAGAGAGUACAACGGUGAUGUGGGCUGAUAUGGUGCAUCUUUACCUGGCAUUCGAGGACCCUAAUCCAGGGAGAGACUAGACCCUAACCCAGGGAGAGACUAGACCCCAACCCAUGGAGAGACUAGACCCUAACCCAGGGAGAGACUAGACCCUAACCCAGGGAGAGACUAGACCCCAACCCAGGGAGAGACUAGACCCUAACCCAGGGAGAGACUAGACCCUAACCCAGGGAGAGACUAGACCCCAACCCAGGGAGAGACUAGACCCUAACCCAGGGAGAGACUAGACCCUAACCCAGGGAGAGACUAGACCCCAACCCAGGGAGAGACUAGACCCUAAGCCAGGGAGAGACUAGACCCUAACCCAGGGAGAGACUAGACCCUAAUCCAGGGAGAGACCCUAACCCAGGGAGAGACUAGACCCUAACCCAGGGAGAGACUAGACCCCAACCCAGGGAGAGACUAGACCCUAACCCAGGGAGAGACUAGACCCCAACCCAGGGAGAGACUAGACCCUAACCCAGGGAGAGGCUAGACCCUAACCCAGGGAGAGACUAGACCCCAACCCAGGGAGAGACUAGACCCUAACCCAGGGAGAGACUAGACCCCAACCCAGGGAGAGACUAGACCCUAAUCCAGGGAGAGACCCUAACCCAGGGAGAGACUAGACCCCAACCCAGGGAGAGACUAGACCCUAACCCAGGGAGAGACUAGACCCCAACCCAGGGAGAGACUAGACCCUAACCCAGGGAGAGGCUAGACCCUAACCCAGGGAGAGACUAGACCCCAACCCAGGGAGAGACUAGACCCUAACCCAGGGAGAGACUAGACCCCAACCCAGGGAGAGACUAGACCCUAACCCAGGGAGAGACUAGACCCUAACCCAGGGAGAGACUAGACCCUAACCCAGGGAGAGAC